UUACGCUCACUGUUGGUACUUUCCCCCCCCCCCAAUCGGUGCUGUGCUGCAAAUUCCGGAAAACACAACAAAAAGUGCAGAAAAAACGAAAUUAACACGAAUCGAAACCCAUUUAAACCACCUGCUAAUAGUUUUUCUACUCACCGCACCUGACAUAACCCCGCCCCAGCCGCCAGCAUGGUGCGCAAGCUAAAGUUCCACGAGCAGAAGCUGCUGAAGAAGGUCGAUUUCUUCAACUGGAAGGAAACGAACAGCCUGCAGGAAGCGAAGGUGAUGCGCAAGUACCAUCUGCAGAAGCGCGAAGACUACACCGCCUACAACAAGAUGGCCCGGAGCGUGCGCGAGCUCGCGCGCAAGAUCGCCGACAUCGAUCCGAAGCACCCGUUCCGGACGGAGAUGAGUGCGCUGCUGCUGGAGAAGCUGUACGUGAUGGGCGUGAUACCGACCAAGUGGGAUCUGGAGAAUGCGAACAAAAUCAGUGCGUCCAGCUUCUGCCGGCGACGGUUGCCGCUCGUGCUGGUGCGCAGCAAGAUGUCGGAAAAUGUGUCGCACGCAACGAAGAUGGUGGAGCACGGGCACGUGCGGGUUGGGGUGGAGGUGGUGAAGGAUCCGGCGUUCUUGGUGCCGCGCACGCUGGAGGACUUCAUCACCUGGGUGGACGGUUCCGCCAUCCAGAAGCAUCUGAUGGAGUAUAACGAUAUGAGGGAUGAUUUUGAGAUGUAAAUAAAAGCGAUUUGUAUUGUUGUAA